GCACAAAGGAUUUCUGGUGAUUGAAGCAGGAAAACCGGCAUUGGCAGACGCAUUGUGGAGCUUCAAGCAAGCCUGGGAUGCUUACCGGGCGACAGACGCCGAGAGACUUCUCAGUCUGCAAAUUGCCUACAUCCUGCUGAAUCCCUUCCCUACAGGUGAAAAAGACAAACUUGACCGCGCAAGUGGUCCUGAGCAAUAUCAUCUUGUGCACAAGCAAUACCAUCCAACGUAUCGCGACAUUCUCUAUGCCCGUAACUACUAUGAUAUUUUCUUCUUUGACCUCGGCGGCAACCUCAUAUACUCUGUCUACAAGGAGUUGGACUAUGCCACAAACUUUCUGGCAGAUGGACCAGGAGAACGGAAGGACAGUGGACUAGGCAAGGCAUUCCGCGCAGCUGUGGCAAACCCAGAUGGAAUUAAUAUCAUUGACUGGGAGCCUUAUGGACCCAGCUACGGAGCUCUGGCCUCAUUCUUGUCGACCGGCGUGCGACGGGCGGGUGAACUCAUUGGCGUGUUCUGCACCCAGCUGCCACCCGAAUUCACUCCGCGAAACUCCUCUGCUCGACUCGAAACCGGAACACAGGCGAUGAACAAGAUCUUCGAAGACUACAAAUUCGGAGGGUUGCCAGCGCAUCCACCACCGUCAGAACCGAUCUCCUGGAAACUCUUCAAUCUCAGUGACAUUUGGACCGGGCUGGGAGCUGAUUUUGCUGGACCCGCGACACUGGAUGUGCUGAACAGAGUGGUAGCCAAAUCUGCUGACUUUGCAUCUUAUGCGGAAGCGCUCUCAACUGCCACACAAGACAUGGCAUAUGCGCAAGUGCCAGCCUUGCCAGGAUACAAAAUGAGCAUGGCAGCAGCAAAUUUGGCUCUACUGCAGAAGAUCCAGCGCAAUCUUGUGCUCAUCUAUAGCGGAGGUUACGAUGGCUUCCGGAGUAGUUUACUCACUGACAUCACCUUCUUUGAGAAAAACCAGGCGCUGCUACGAGAUGGCAACAUGAAUCGAAGACUUGCUCAAAGUGACAUUGCAAGGACUGAAAGCUUUGAAGGUCUUACAAUGCUGGACGUGGCAGACUCUGCUUGGGCGGCAAUGAAGCCUAUCGUCGAAAACAUUGCCGUGGGUGCCACAGUAACAGAAACCUUGAAAUCCAUCGUUGAGCUCUCAGAUGAUGCCGUGGAUGCUUGGUAUGGCCAUGAGUUCGAUCACGGCAAUUCCACCCCGAUUCAGCUGUUCCUUACGGUCGAAUUUUUUGAGGACCAAGACGAGUCGCAACUGAUUCUUCCAACUCAGGAAGCUAUGCAGAAAGUUCAGACGUUCUUUUCAUCCACCACCCGCACAACAACGAUGCUGGCAUUGGAGCUGUUGGCACCGAUGCCGAUGACCGGGAGCUGGGCUGCGGGGACGACCUUCCGGCUUGCAGCACGCCUGGCAGAGGGCAUCAUUAACCAGGACCAACUUCUCUUGCCUGGGUAUCGACUACAGCACGUGAUUUUUGAUGACAAGUGCGACGAAAGUGUGGGUUCUGACAUCGUUGUUUCAGCCAUGGCCGAAAAGGACACAUAUGUUGGUAUUGGUGGAAUGGGCUGUGAUCGAGUGUGUCGUCCCAUCUCGUCAUUGGCCACAUCCUUGCGCUUGCCCUUCUUGAGCUACGAGUGUCCAUCGCCUGACUUCUCCGAUACAUUGGGCUAUCCUGCUCUGGCACGAAUGGGCACGGUCACCAAGACACCGAUGUUGACGACAGUCGAAACCUUGAAGGGGCUGAAUGGCUGGACAAAGUUAUUCAUCUUGUCUGGCGACCCCGCCUUCUACCAGGUCCAAGUAGAGCAGUACACACAGGACUUUCAAGCCAUGGGCUUCGGUGUCGAAAGCCUGAGCGCAUAUGAAAGCCGUUGGAACGACAUCAAAGGAAUCAUG